AUCGAUUACUGAAGUUGUUCGUUUCCCUCAAAAUGCCGGGCGAUCCGAGCUCCAGAGGUAAGCUUUAUAUCUUCUAAGACCCAAAAAAGUGUUUUUAUGAUACUGAUAGUUUAUCAUAAGAUACGAUAGUCGAAAAUAAUCGUUUAGAGACGUAAAAUUUCCGAGUUUGAUUCAAGUUUUCGUACAAGUGACUUCAAACGCUCUCAAUAUGGCGCUUUCCGUCAGAAGAUUUUGAUUCCCUCUAGAUCUAUCUUGCUUAUUGUCGAAUCGUUCGAUCAUGUAGAGAUACUUUACCUACUUAGUUACUUACGUGUAAAAUGAGGUGAAAGACUAGGCUAGUUUCUAGAUUCAUUUGAUUCACAUGGUUUUUCUGGUAUGACUUUAGUUCAAUAGAACUACAACACGCAAUCAGAUUCUAUGUCUACUCUUUAUUGAACGGCUGUUCGUUCCAAUUUUAGUCACGUAAACUCCUUCAUUUUAAGGUAAAAAAUGGGGAAAAGAGUCUCUUAUUCCCGGAAAAAAUUCUCAUCAGUCAUUAGCGUGCUCCCACAGGAGCACCCAUGGAAAACUCUAGGGCAACCUCGAAAAUAUUUAUACCCUGAUCUGAAUAUUCAUAACGUCAUAACAUUAGAAGUUAAUCCUAGCCUUCGUUUACAAUCACAACUUUCUCGUACAUAGUAUGACAAACAUGGUUUUCUGUUCCAAUUUAGCCUCUGGUGGUAUCAUAGCUUAUAAUGGCGAUUCUGCUCGAGGUUGGAAUGACCCUCCAACUUUUGCAUUCUCUAAUAACUCGACGGGCAACAGACCGAAGUUAGAUCUUAGGAAGAGAGUAUCACAUCAGCAAGCUUUACAUGGAAUACAAACACCGUCGCCAAGUUUACAACCAGCUGUUGUUAACAACGAAGAAAUUACAAACGGUAUGUCGAGAUUUUCCAGUGUUUCCGAGUUGAAAUCUUGUUGAGAUUGUCUAAUAUUAAGGAUUGCACAAUUCAGCGAUGUCAUGAUGACAAAAACUCUGAAAAUUAUUUAUAAACUUUGCACCCUGCCGUGAUGUUACAUGUCUGUAAUACAUUUGAGUCGUAAAAUUUUGGUUCAGUAAUAAUAAAUACUAUAUAACUUCUGCGAUGGAAACACGAGGAAUCUUCCUCUUUUUUUUAUCGUUGUUUAUUAGGUAUAAAUAGAUUAUCAGUGAUCGUGGAAGAUCAGAUCAGGAAAUUUGCCGCGGGCAAAAAUAAAAGCCUUCGGGAUUUCAGCAUUUGUAUUAAUAAGUGUUUUAAGGUAUCACAAACAUCAAUAGUUAUGGAAUUUCAAAACCCAGAAAGUGUCUGAGUUUUAGAAUGGUGACAGUGAUAACUUACACAGACUAUAAAGAAACGAAAUAUACACUAUUUAUAAUCAUGCUAAACCAAUCACAGCAUUUGAAAGUACUUAUUAAUUUCCUCUUUUUCUAGGUACAUCUGUCUGAAUUAUUAUCAUUUUUAAUUUUGGAAUAAUAAAAAAACAUGUCUCCUUCAACUUGAUCUUCAAUUCUCUCACAGCUGUGCUUAAUUGGAAAAUGAAGAAUAAAACUUCAAGCAGUCUUAACUUACAUGUAAUAAUUUAUUGUUUUUCUCAAACAUGAUUCACCAUUUUCACAGGUGUUGGUGCUCUUAAACUCAAUGGCGUCUCCCAGCCACUUUAUACACAACCUCCCGUGACAACAAAUGCACCUCUUGGAAGUAAUAACCUGGAUGGCAUUGCCCAGCCUCUUUUCACACCACCAGUGACAACAACUCCUCCUCUUGUUAGCCAUAAUCUUAAUGGCAUCACCCAGCCGCUUUUCACUCCAGCACCAGUGACAACAACUUCACCUCUUGUAAAUACUAAUCUCAUGGCUCCCUCAAUACCAACCAUGUUUACAAGGAGUGUAUCCACACCAUCUUUCACUGAUGCAGGAACAGCAAAUUCAAGUGAUGUAUCUGUUAACUCAAUGCAAAGUAUCAACCCUCCAGGGACACAUGCACAUGCUAAAUCAACAGAGAAUCUCUCAGGGAAUCUUGGACAACCAUUAUUUGCUCUCAAAGAUCAUAGUUUUGAACCAAUAAGAACUGCACCUCUACACAGUAUCCGCUCAACGGCAGAAAUCAGUGAUCAUUUUGAUGAUCACCACAGCUCCCCACAGAUAUUCCAUCCAAUAACUCCUCCUGUAACAAAAGCUUCCACCAUGCCAAGUUAUCAAGAUAACCCACUUAUAACCCAGCCAUCUGUCCCACCACCAUUACCAAGCCAACCUCCAGUUGGUCACACAACACCUCCCUUGUAUCCAGUACACAGGCAGAGCCCUGUUCCACCAACAAUGCUCCCACAGGGGAAUGGAAUAGCUAAGCAUCCUCACAUGGGACACAGUAUGACUCCACCACCACUCCCAGGGAAUCAAAUCUCAUCUUCAGCUUCAUUAAGUGCAGGGAAUACUCCUCGCAGUACCUCUCCCUCUGGUGAGGAGAAAAAUGGAGCUGUCUCUAAUGCAGUGGAUAACCAAGAAGGGCUUAAGAUCACAAUGGAUGCCUUACAGGAUGUUAUUAACAAGCUUCAAGACAACCUAGAGGUUAGUGUUCUAGUGUAAUUUGUUCAGCACAUCAUGGCCAGUGAUAUCCCUUCUCAGUCUUGUUAUCCACAGUGCUGUGCAAAGGCAAGGAUCACUCUCCUUUAAUCAUCUCAUCUCAUCACUCUGACUGUGACUUCAAUUAUGUCACUUCACAAGAACUUUGUUGCAGCUGAAAUAGUAAAAUAUCUCACAUGACUUAUUUCAGUCAUUGCAUCAGCUUGGGAAGUCAUUUGUACAUGCAUUGGUCAACAAAACAUUCUCUUUCUAUCACAGAAAAGAGUUGCUGAUGAUAUUGCAAGAAGACUUCAAGUGAUGAGUCAGAAUUGGACAAAUGGGAAACUUAGUCAAGGUGUCAAGAGCAGAAUGAUAAAGCUUGCACAAGGUAAUGAAAAAUAGAUAUCUCUUCAAGCUCCUAGUUUUCUGUUAUUAAGGGGAUUUGAAAGUUAGUUUUACAAAAUUGUGUAAGACAAGUUGAUAUUCUUGACUGGUAUGUUAGGCAAGAAGGUUUUACUCCUAGUAUUCAGCAAAGACAAAGUAAUAUUUUAUACUGCAUGAAUAUCUUGAAUAUGAUUUAACUUAGAUGUUGGCUAGUGCAAUUCAGAGUGCCAUUACAACUAUUUGUCUGUAAAUAUGUCUCUCUAUCUCAAAAUGUCAUUUGGAUUGUAACAAAUUGAACUCUAAUCAUGAGAAAAAGUUGCUAGACACUUUAAUUUGCAAAAGUAAGCAAAAAUAACAUCCCAUCUUCGUUACACAAGAAGUUCCAACUACAGACCUUUUUUUGUGUAUUUUCAAAGGUAUCCCAAAAACAUUUGGCCAGGAUUGUAGUUCUGUGAAAUUCUUCAGUGGCUUAGUAAAUCUUUUUUUUAAUGUAACUGUGUUCAUGAUCUUUCAUUAGCUCUAGAUGGUGGAAAUGUUGAGGAAGCACAUCAGAUUCAUAUUUCACUAAUGGUGGAUUUUGUUAGUGAGGUAAGCUCUUCUGCCACACUAAGCCAACAACUGCUGUUGUAAGGGUUCAGUGAUAAGGUUAAAAUCUUAAACUUAAUUGUUGCUGGAAGAUAUUUUCCUUCACAUAAAGUUGUUUUUAAAUGCAAAGGAAAACAUCAAUUUUAUUAGGGCCAAGGCAAUUACUUUUUAGUGUGUGACAUUGUAGACUAGUAGCCUGUACAGAAUUAACAAUUUGAUUUUAACUAAUUCCUGUCUUUUUUUUCAGGUAAACCAGUGGAUGGUUGCCGUGAAGAAGUUAAUCAAUUUAGUCCGUACAUCAAGUGCUUUCCCAGCUCAUUCAUGA